AGAGCCCUACAGGCUAUAAAGGCAACGCAGCGAUUGCGCGCGGGCGCUUCGUGAGUCGUCUUCCUCAUUUACUGGUCUUGCUAUAUUUGCUUCAGUGCUGCUAAUAGCAAGAUGUCUUCAGGACAUGCUAAAAUUGGUCACCCUGCUCCGAACUUCAAAGCCACAGCAGUUAUGCCAGAUGGUCAGUUCAAAGAUAUCAGCCUAUCUGACUACAAAGGAAAAUAUGUGGUGUUCUUCUUUUACCCUCUUGACUUUACCUUUGUGUGCCCCACGGAGAUCAUUGCUUUCAGUGAUAGGGCAGAAGAAUUUAAGAAACUCAACUGCCAAGUAAUUGGUGCUUCUGUGGAUUCUCACUUCUGUCACCUGGCAUGGAUCAACACACCCAAGAAACAAGGAGGACUGGGACCCAUGAACAUUCCCUUGGUAUCAGACCCCAAGCGCACCAUUGCUCAGGACUAUGGGGUCUUAAAGGCUGAUGAAGGCAUCUCAUUUAGGGGCCUUUUUAUCAUUGAUGAUAAAGGUAUCCUCCGCCAGAUCACCGUAAACGACCUUCCUGUUGGCCGCUCUGUGGAUGAAACUCUGAGACUAGUUCAGGCUUUCCAGUUUACUGACAAACAUGGGGAAGUGUGCCCAGCUGGCUGGAAACCUGGCAGUGAUACCAUCAAGCCGGAUGUCCAGAAGAGCAAAGAAUAUUUCUCUAAGCAGAAGUGAGCACUGGGCCAUUAUAGGGUUAUGAGGCAGUGUACAGCCUUAAGAACAAAACCUCUUUUACUAUUGUCAUGCUUAAAACAUGAGCUCUUAGACUUAGCUUAGGUGUGGCCUUUUAUGUAGGGUUUUGGGAGGUCAGCUUUUCUUCAUCUGGAGGAAGUAAUCUGAACUUAUGGAGCAAGCCAACUGAUGUGUACAGUAGUGGGACAUCACCUUUGAUCUUUAGUAGUUUCUAUUAAACUUUAACUGAGAGCUUGUUGUUUCUUCAUU